AUGACCCAACAGCACAUUACGAAUGCGAGAUACUCGGCUCUCAAAGUCAUCGGCGGAAAGCGUGUCCCUCGUUCGAAUCAUCUAGAUACCACUCGUCCAAAGAAGAAACCAAGACCGGAUGAGCAGGUGUCAGAGCUACCGAAGAUUGUUGGUAUUGAUGCAAGCACUGUUUGGCCGGAUACAAUAGGGAAGACACAUGAAGAUGCGAAAGCACACGGCAAGAUAAUCAAGAAUGAUAUUCAGGCCUAG